AUGGCUUCACCCACAGACGACAUGUCUGUAGAUGGAGACAACGACAUAAACCAGCUUGUAGAGGACAUCGUUGAGGCUUCCAAGUUACCGGCCAAGAAGCGAGCUACAGCCAUUAGACCUACCGUGGACAAGGUAGCUUCAUCGGCAUAUGAAAACGGCCUGUUGCCUGAGCCGCUCAAUGAGCUCAUAGAUCUUCUCACGAGACCAAGCUAUCUGGACCAAGGGAGCCUCAACGCCUUGCUGAAGAGUCUCUACCCUGCGACCAAGCUAUCAAACGAUGUUGUUUGGAGGGUAGUGGGUUGCCUGGGACACGGAGAGCUCAAGCCUUCGCUGAACUUGCAGUCGAAUCUGCUCAAGUGGCUGAUUAUGGCGUAUCAUGUUAUUGAGAAUCCAGCAGUAUUAUCCCAAGCAUAUGCUGUUCUUUUCAACCUCCUCGACACAGCUGCCAUCAGGCCACAGCUCUGUCAUCUUCUUGCUCUCAUAACACGGAGAAAGCACGUUCGACCUUUCAGGAUACAACUCGUCCUAAACCUAUCUCGAAAUACCGGCAGCGACCCAGCUCUGACUGGUCUCCUUCGGGUAUACAAGGACUACUAUCCCGAAAUCAUUGUCAGCGAUGCUCUCAGGGGCAGGGCGUCAGCGUUCAAGCAUCCCGACAUGGAAUGGAGAGAAAGAUUGGAUCAGAUUCAGAGGGACCAUUCCCAACGAACUGCCGAUAUCACCGGCCAGCCUCGAAACGGCUUUAGCGUCAAUCACUCUGCUUUGAGAGCUCGCGGUAGAAAGGGGACGCAUCUCCCCUCAGUUCAUACCUCGGCCGCUACAGAGAACUCCGUCACACUGGAAGAGAUCGACAGUGCCGACCGGCUCGCCCAAAAUAUUGAGAAAAUCGAGCUUCCCAACCAGCUGGCAGCAGUCUUGGCAGACCCCUUGCUUCAGAAGUUCAUCGCUUUGAAGAAAGAUGAUGCCGCCUCGAGGCGCGUGAUCCAUUGGGUGGAUGCUAUCCUCGAGGACGUACUGAAUGGGAAUGCCGACGACAAGCUCUUCAACGAGACGAUGGAGAUCUUGGAAGACUAUGUCACUCGGGUGAAGGAAACCCCUGCCGUCGUCUUGAACUUCCUCGCCAAGCUCUUCACAACCUGGAAUGGGGUAGAUGCACGAGGCCCCAUUCUCAACAUACUCUCCUACGCGCCACUUGCUUCCUUCGAAGAACUUCACAAAUUCCUUUUCCAGCCGCUAGAAAGAUGUCUACCACCAACACCAAAUUCACAGCUUUCUCUUCUAAAACUCUACCAAAACCUCAUUCGCCGCUGGACUUUCGUCCUCCGCUCCCUCGAUCCGAUCCCCCCUGAAGCUCCAGUCAGCGCCUUCUACGAUGUGAUGGAGCAUGCAGGCAUCAUCGCUCUGAACCUGGUGCAAGCGACACCAAGCGUUGCGGUCCAUGGUGCUGUGUUGGACCUCUACGAGCAGGCGGCGACCAGCAUCUCCGAUCCAACUCUCCAACCCCUCCUCCGCAUCGCCAACCCGCCCGCGCAGCUCAUAUACCUCCUCUUCUUCAGCCACUCGCUGUCUAACGUGUCUCGUUUAUGCGCCGUCCUCGCAGUCUACAAGAAGGGUUUUGAGACCGCCAUGUCGCGCCGCCAGCCGACCACGUAUCAGCCCAGCUACGUCAAUCACUUCAAUGGCUUCCUCAUGGACGUCUGUAACUGUCUUUGGCGCGGCAAGGCCUUCAAUGAUGCGGACAAGAAUGCUCUCGGCUGCCUAAGCGCCCGUCCCGUCACCUUACGUUUGCAGCGCUACGUUGAGGAUCUAGGGAUGGACCUCGCGCUGCCGACGCUCUUCGGCUUCUCCUACUCGCCCGUGCUGAGUCUGCAAGCUAUCGACUGCAUCCGCGAACGGGAGGAUAGGGCGCUGGCGGAGGAUGAAGACGCCAUUGCCACUAGGCAUGGUGGCCCUGUCACGGCCAACAGUCUGGCAAGGUUGGCUGAAGCCCGCGGCAUCCGCGUGACGUGGUCCGAGUAUAGAAUACAAGUGCUGCACGCGCUGGAGGGCAAGGGCUUGGGCGGCAUCCCGGCGCUGAUGAGGAACACCAUGAAGGUUCUUAUGGGCUCUCAGCCACCGAAGUGA